CUCUCUGCUGGUAUAGUAACCACAACUACAGAAAUACUAACACUCAGGAAAAUCACUUAUAAAUUGGCGUUUUAAAGAAAUGGAGGCGUCGAAAAAACAAGAAGUUAUCUUUCUUGAGCUGAGAGAGCGGUUACAGAGCGGCUUGUUAAUCAUACGAACUGAUGUUGUUAAGGACACAUCUGGGGUAAAUGUGUCCAGUGGAGACUUGGCCCUAAAAAUCCACAUACCUGAUGGGAUUUAUGAGGUGAAGCUACCCCCAGAGGUCAGUCUAGUGGAGGGUUCAUGUCAGACGAGUCCAGAGCUGAAUGAGGAGGAGCUGCAUGUUAGAGUGCGUUUGAAGGUGGGCCAGUGUUCAGAGGCUCAGGACAGUGCAGCUCAGCAUCUAAGGGCAGAGAGAAGCUAUUGUUUCUUGUGCCAGUCCUGUGGGGCCAUGCUGCUUAAAGACAGGAUUUUCACGCGAGUGCUUCCGUUACCCAAUGGGAACUGGAAUACACUGGUAGAUGACUGGUGUUGCCACGCUGAUCCUUUUGCCAACAAGAAGCUUCUCCCUCAGCAAGAGGACUGUUUACUUGGUGACACCUACUUCCUGUUGACCCGAGACAGCAGUUGUGACCAAAGCCUUGCACGUGUAGUGGACUCCUCCGAUGUGAACACUGGUUCUGAUCUGCAUUCUGGAAAGCAGGCCCUUGGCCAUAGGAAUGUGGUCAUCUGUAAAAACUGCUGUGCAGUGCUGGGAGAAGCAGUCACGACAGAGGUUUUAAAAUUCUAUAUAACUGAAGUGGUGGUAAGGCGAAGUGAAGAUGCAGAGGGUACCCUGUCACAAAAUAGGCAACAGUUCCUAGAGAGAGCCCUUGGUUCCAGACUUGUUGAGCUGUCAUCUGCUCAAAGCAUAUUUCGCUUUUCCAUCCAGACACCAGAUGGUAAAGCUGUGAUCAUGCUUUGGCUCUUGAACAUGGACACACUGAUCGCUUCAUUCUCUGAGAAAGCCAUCAGCAGUGACAUCCUCAUCUCCGCCAGUGACCGUCAUCCCAAUAAGCAUCAGUCACGCCAGGCAGUUAGGGCAAUCAAAGUCCUUUACCUCCCCUGCACUCAUGGUCAACAGGAUGAAGCUGUUGAUGCAUGGGAGAAGGAUAUCAGUGUUCACCCUCUGAUCCUCCCCCAGGGCACAUGUGAGGAGGUGCUGCAGCUCCUGAGAUCCUCUACCAAAACACUGCCCUCCUCACUGUGCUCAAUGAACUGCUACCAGGUGGCGUAUUUGAGAAGAUGAAUUUGAGUGAGAAGUGGGUCAGAAUAUGUAGAAUCCAUUUAAUAUGCAUCAUGGGACCAUUUUGUGUGUUUGGAUUUGGACCAUCUUUAAUAAAUAUUGAAUAUUAAAAACGAA